AUAUAUAUAUAUAUAUAUUAAAAAAUAUAAAUAUAUGUCUUAUUGUGCGAGUCUCUAUUUUGAUAAAUUUAUAAACUGAGUUUGCUUAUUAUGAACCGAAAAACUUAACAAUAAAUAUAUUCACAUAUCCACUAAGUCUAAAGAUGGGGAAACGAAUAUCUUAGAUUCCAAUUUCCAUAAUAUAAAUUGAGUAACCCAACACAAAUUAGAUAAACACUACAUACAUCCACACACUUAUUUACAUUUAUUCUCAUUCAAAAAUGAGUUCUGAUUGUAUUGUUGGAGGUCUAAAGCCUGUGGACGUAAAAAGUCCAAAGAUUCAAGAGGUUUGUGCAUGGGCUGUCAAUGAGUACAACAAUCAGCAUCCAGGACAAUGUGUGAGAUUUGAAAAGGCAUUAAAAGCAGCAGAACAAAUGGUUAGUGGACUCAUGUACCAUAUUGAAAUGGAGGUAGCUGUUGGUGAUGCAUUGCUUCACAAGGUUAAAGCUAAAGUUGUUGAACAAGCAUGGAUCAAAAGCAUCAAAUUGGUUGAAUUCGAAUUCCUUGAGCAAAACAAUGCUUGUAUUGCAGUUCCCAACUAAUCCUUUCUUCUAAGGAUUUUAUAUAUGUGGUUCUACUAUGUACUUGAAGUAUAAAUAAAGGGAUGUAAUGCAUUAUGCAUAUUACAUGCAACAUGUAUUAUGAUCCUAUUAUGAAUGAAUCAUGAUGCUUUCUUUUUUGUUAUA